AUGCAGAACAUGUUCUUGCCGUUUGACAGGAUCAACUGCCUCUUCAAGAAAGCCUCCAAGACCACUAUGGAGCACCAAAGCCUCUCGAUGCUUCGCGUUGACCAGAUAAAUGUUGCAUGCAAGGAGCUUGACACUGUUCAUGAUGCUCUGCGCGUAUGCUUUGCCAAACCGCCAUGCAUAUACAAGCAUAUGGGCACUGGCGUGGAGUUCUUCAAAGGCAGCAUAGUCGACUCCAGGCAUGCAGCGAAUGUAAGCAUGGCGAUAGCAAAGACCAGCUCCAUUGAAACCCUAGAGAAAGCCUUCAAGGGCGUGUGGAAUGCUUUGGAGACACUGAAAAGAAUUUUGUGCCGCUUUCCGUCUAAAAUUGUAAUAACAAGAAAGAGCUUGACAGAGCUCCAGCCAUAG